AUGGAGCUUACUGCGCCUGCGCCAAUGUUUUUGAAGGCCCGAGGCUAGCCGUCGUGCUAAUCCAACACACGGGACGUUAGACAGACUUUCAUAAUAAAUAACCGUCUGUUAAGCGUUUUAAUCCCUUAGACGCCACCUGACUCGGGGUCGGUCCAAUUUACACCCAGAAUGUCCUUCCCCCCUCAUUUAAACCGACCGCUGUUGCCCCCUCCUGGGUUGCCUCCUCAGUAUGCUGGCUUCCCCACAGGAACUCCAAUGAUCCCAGUUCACAUGGGCAUCAUGGCCCCUGCCCCUACAGUAAUGGUGUCCUCAAUGGCAGUGGUCAGUAAACCUCCAGUCCCCAAGAAGGACAUUGUCGCCAUGCGAGCCAAAGACAACGAUGAGAACAGUGGGCCUACCACCACUGUGUUUGUUGGGAAUAUAUCAGAGAAGGCUUCAGACAUGUUGAUCCGACAGCUGCUUGCGAAAUGUGGAAUUGUUCUAAGCUGGAAGAGAGUUCAAGGAGCCUCUGGCAAACUUCAAGCUUUUGGAUUCUGUGAAUACAAAGAGCCAGAGUCAACGUUGCGAGCGCUGCGGCUGCUUCACGAGCUUCAGAUCGGAGACAAAAACCUGCUGGUGAAGGUGGAUGCAAAGACUAAAGCUCAGCUGGACGAGUGGAAGGCUAAAAAGAAGACUGCGAAUGGGAGUAAGAACGCUGAAGAGGGAGGCGAUGAUGAGGAAGAGGUUCUAGAUGAAGAGACAAAGAAGAAAGAUCAGAUUGUCAAAGGUGCCAUCGAUGGACUGAUGCGAGAAUACGCUGCAGAGCUGAAUGCGCCUUCGCAGGAUGAGGAGUCCCAGCGACGGAAGAGAAAAAAAGAGAAAAAAGAAGAGGACGACAUCAACACAAUCGACAUGGAGGAGGACAAGAGAGACCUGAUUUCCAGAGAGAUUAGUAAAUUUCGAGACACUCACAAGAAACUAGAGGAAGAGAAGGACAAGCGGGAGAAGGAGCGGCUGGAGUUCGAGCGGGAGCGGAAGGAGCGGGAAAAGGAGCGGGAGCGGGAAAGGGAGCGGCGGGACCGCGAGAGGGAGAAGGAGCGCGAGCGGGAGAGGGAGAGGGAAAGGGAGCGAGAGCGGGAGAGAGACCGGGACAAGGACCGGGACCGCAGGACCAGAGAGAGGGAGCGGGAGAGAGACUGGGAGAGAGACAGGAGUCGGGACAGGAGUGCAGAGCGCAGCCGAUCCAGGGAGGUGAGUCGAGACAGAGACCGAGAAAAGAAACGCGACCAAGAGGAUGAAGAGGAGGCGUAUGAACGCAGGAAGCUGGAGAGGAAGCUCCGAGACAAGGAAGCAGCCUAUCAGGAGCGUUUAAAAAACUGGGAGCUCAGGGAGAGGAAGAAGGCGCGGGACUACGCCAAGGAGACGGAAAGAGAUGACGAACGGCGACGAGAAAUGGUCAAAGAAGGCAAACGGUUGAAAGAGUUCCUUGAGGACUAUGAUGAUGAAAGAGAUGACCCCAAGUAUUACAGGAUGAAAACGGCAUCGACGUGGCUCUUAAACGUACUUGCCCACAGAACACUGCAGUAUGAGACGGGCAGUGCGCGGCAGAAGCGCCUCACCGACCGAAAGAAGGAGAUGGACGCGGACGAGCGUGACAGGAAGAGAGAGAAGGAGGAGCUGGAGGAGAUCAGACAGAGGCUGUUAGACGAGGGACAUCCAGACCCAGACGCAGAGCUACGCAGGAUGGAGGAGGAAGAGGAGGAGCGUCUGAGACAACCUCCCAUCGUCCAAGAGCCGGAGCCCGAGGAGGAGCGGGAACGCCACAGGAGUUCACGGGAGCACCGGGACCACCGGGACCACAGGGAGCACCGGGACCGGCGGCAGGAACAGGACAGAGCGGAGUCCCGCCCGCGGCCCAACCACCACCACUCGGACGAAGAGGUGGAGGAGGGCGAGGAGGAGGAUUACGACAACGAUGAGGAGAACCCGGAGGCGAAGCCGUGCCUGAAGCCCACGAUGAGGCCGAUCACGGCGGCGCCCUCGGUGUCGUCGGCCAGCGGCAACGUGUCUCCCAACACGCCCGGAGACGAGUCGCCCUGCGGCAUCAUCAUCCCCCACGAGAACUCGCCGCCCGACGCUCUGCCUCAGGAGGAGCACCGGCCGAAGAUCGGCCUCAGCCUCAAACUGGGCGCCACGGGGAGUCCCAGUCAACCCAACGCAGUUAAGAGGAAGAAGCUUCCCGUGGACAGCGUCUUCGACAAGUUCGACGACGAGGAGGCCGACGAGCAGCCGCGCAAGAGGAAGCUGGUUCCCCUGGACUACGACGACGACAAGAGCCUCGGCGUUGACGGCGCGGGGCUGUCCAGCAUCAAGGGCGCCAACACGGAGGAGAAACGCAAACACAUCAAGAGCCUGAUCGAAAAGAUUCCCACAGGGAAGCCUGAGCUGUUCUCCUACCCACUGGACUGGACAAUGGUGGACACGACGCUAAUGGAGCGGCGUGUUCGUCCCUGGAUCAACAAAAAGAUCAUUGAAUACAUCGGUGAGGAGGAGCCGACGUUAGUGGACUUCGUCUGUUCCAAGGUGAUGGCUCACAGUAUGCCACAGAGUAUCCUGGAUGACGUUGCCAUGGUUCUCGACGAAGAAGCUGAGGUUUUCAUUGUGAAGAUGUGGCGGUUGCUCAUUUAUGAGACUGAGGCUAAGAAGAUUGGACUGGUGAAAUAAGACCCACUGGACGAGAUGAAUUUUUUUCCCCCCCGUAUACAUUGUGUAUAAUAGUGUAGCGAAACCAUGUCACACACACACACACACACACACACACCCACACACACACACACACACACCCCUAAACAAAGUGACCACAAAUGCAGAUUCUGCUGAUCCUCUCAUGUUCAGGGCAUGUUUAUUUUUUUUUUUUCCUAAACAUACUCAGGCUACGUCCUCUCCCUCCCUCCUUCCCUCCCUCAUCCGUUUGCAGGUGCCUACAGUGUCGAUGUGCUUUGUGUAUAUACAGUUCGACGUCAUGUGGUUACGAUGACGCCAUUUAGAGAGGAAGCUGCUGACAGACACCCAGGGCCUUUUUGUUGUUGCUGAUACGGUCUAUUGGCCCCGUACUUUUAUUUUUAUACAUGCCAACACAUGAGUGGUGAGAGCAGCUAGCUUGUCAUUUCACGAACUUUGCUUUAAAGUCUUCGGCUUUACAGUCGAAGGGGAGUUGGGUCAAGUGGACACAGAGUGUGUGAUUAAUGUUCCAGGGGUAUUUAUUGAGGCUCAACUCCAGCUUAGUUCUGUCAUUUAAACAUCUUUUUUUUGUUUUUUCCUCCUCUCAUUCCUCACGAACGAGUUGGAAAGUUCUCGCCUCAGAUCAUCUCCUCAAACUUCUUGUCAUUUGAAACAAAUCUACUGAUCAGAACCUGAAGCACUCAAAGCUCACACAAACAAACACACACAAACACACAAACACGCGCCAUAACCACUAUAGGAAAACGAGCGAAGAACUGGGAGGAAAAAAACAAACAUUUGAAGUUGUGAAGUCGCUCUCCAUUUGUUUUUGUAUUGGUGAACAUUUGAAUAAAAGUGAUUUUUAUAA